ACCUUUCCUGCCAGAACCAAUCAUGAUCGAAUAAAACAGGAAGACCUCAGCCGACUGGUCACCUACCUGGCAACCGUACCCAGUGAGGAGGUGCGUGGGCGGGGCUUCUCGGUGGUGGUGGACAUGCGUGGCAGUAAGUGGGACAGCGUGAAGCCGGUGCUGCUCACGCUGCAGGAGUCCUUCUCCUGCUCCGUCCACGCCGCGCUGCUCAUCAAGCCCGACACGUUCUGGCAGAAGCACAAGACCAACCUGGGCAGCGCCAAGCUCAGCUUCGAGACCAGCCUGGUGUCGGUGGAGGGCCUCUCCCGGCUCGUCGACCCCUCCCAGCUGACCUCUGACCUCGGCGGCUCGUUGGAGUACGACCACGUGGAGUGGACCGAGCUGCGUCUGGGCCUGGAGGAGUUCACCGGCGCCGCCACGCAGCUGCUGGCCCAGCUGGAGCAGCUGGAGGCCGGACUGAGCCGCAUGCCGGAGCCAAAGGACAUCGAGGAGGCCCGCAGGCUGCUGGAGGAACACGCUCGCCUCCGUAACGCCGUGUCCACGGCCCCAGUGGACUCCCUGGAGCGAGAGGGGCGGAGCCUCCUCCAGCGCAUGCGCCUGGGCCCGUCUCAGGGCGACGCCCCCAGCGAGGGCGGCGGUAGCCACGGCAGCUGGCUGUCGGGCGGGGCCGACUUCCAGAGCGUGGCGCCGAGGGUCUCCGCCCUGCUGCAGCAGCUGCAGGCGGCCCGGACCCUCCUGCUGCAGAGCUGGAGCGACCGCAAGCUGCACCUGGAGCAGGCGCUGCAGCUGCACCUGUUCCAGCAGGACGCCGCCAAGAACGGCAGCGUGAACGUGGACAGCGUGGUCACCGUGGCGACCCGGCUGGCGGAGGCCGGUCACUACGGCGCCGAGCGCAUCGCCGCGGUGUCGUCACGGUUACAGGACGACUGGAAGACGCUGACGACGGCGCUAGAGGAGCGCGGCAACACGCUCGCCAUGGCAACCGGCUUCCACCAGGGGGCGGAGCAGGACCACCAGGACCUGGACCUGGCGCUGACCCCCAACAGCCUGUCGGACUCCGACCCCGAGGUCAACCUCACCGACCCGGGGCAGCAGGUCAGCGACGAGAAGCGCCGCUCGGCCCGCAAGAAGGAGUACAUCAUGGCCGAGCUGCUUCAAACGGAGAGAGUCUACGUCAGAGAUCUGCAGGAGUGUAUUGAGACGUACCUGUGGGAGAUGACGAGCGGCUCGGAGGACGUCCCGCCGGGCCUCAGCAGCCGGGACGACACGGUGUUCGGCAACAUCCAGGACCUGUACGAGUUCCACAACAGUAUCUUCCUGAAGGAGCUGGAGAACUACGAGCAGCUCCCCGAGGACGUGGGCCACUGCUUCGUUACCUGGGCGGAUAAGUUCCACAUGUACGUGACGUACUGCAGAAACAAGCCGGACUCCAGUCUGCUGAUCCAGCAGCACGGAGCGGGCUUCUUCCAGGAGGUCCAGAGGCGACACGGUCUCACCAACUCCAUCUCCUCCGCCCUCAUCAAGCCGGUCCAGAGGAUCACCAAGUACCAGCUGCUGCUCAAGGAGCUGCUGGCGUGCUGCGAGGAGGGCAAGGGGGAGAUCCGGGAGGGUCUGGACGUGAUGCUGAGCGUCCCCAAGAGGGCCAACGACGCCAUGCACGUCAGCAUGCUGGAAGGUCUGGAGGAGGGUCUGGAGGUGCAGGGGGAGCUCCUCCUCCAGGACUCCUUCCUGGUCUGGGAGCCCAAGUCCCUGAUCAGGAAGGGGAGGGAGCGCCACCUCUUCCUCUUCGAGCUGUCGCUCCUCUUCAGCAAGGACAUCAAAGACUCCACCGGCAGGACCAAGUACCUCUACAAGAGCCGGCUGAGGACCUCGGAGCUCGGGGUGACGGAGCACAUCGAGGGGGAUCCCUGUAAGUUCGCCCUGUGGGUCGGCCGCACGCCGACCUCCGACAACAAGACGGUGCUGAAGGCCUCGUCUCUGGAGCUGAAGCAGGAGUGGGUGCGCAGCAUCCGCCAGGUGAUCCAGGAGAGGCGGGGCCACCUGCGGGGGGCGCUGCGGGAGCCCAUCCCCCUCCCCAAGACACCCAACCCCACCCUGGGGCGACAGCGCAGCAUCAACCGCAGGGAGACGAGUGAAGACGCAGACAGUCUGGGAGACGCCAGCAGCCAACCAGACACGGUGUCCAUCGCCUCGAGAACCUCCCAGAACAGUGACAAGCUGUCGGGCGGCUGUGAGCUGGUGGUGGUUCUGUUGGACUUCUCGCCCGGCGGCCCCGGGGAGCUGGGCGUGCGCUGCGGUCAGACGGUGGAGCUGGUGGAGCGCUCGGCCGAGCGGCCCGGGUGGUGUCUGGUCAGGACCACGGAUCAAACGCCCCCGCAGGAGGGCUCGCUGCCCUUGAGCGCCCUCUGCCUGUCGCACUCGCACAGUGCGGCCGACAUGGAGGCGCUCAUCCCGGCUUCCACCUCCUCCUCCUCCUCCUCCUCCUCCUCGGGGACCUCUUCCACCACCACCUCCUCCUCCUCCACCACCACCACCUCUUCCUCCUCCUCCUCCUCCUCCUCCUCCUCCUCCUGCAGUGCAGGGAGAGACUCCGGCGUGUUCGACGGGCUCCAGACAUCCAGUCAGAGUGCAGCCUACGGAGUGGGCGUGGCCUCAGUGGGCGUGGCCUCGGCGGGCGCCGUCGGCUCCCCAGGAGCGAAACGCAGCGGCUCGGGAACCGGAAACACCCUGAAGCGCUGGCUCACGAGUCCCGUGCGGCGGCUCAGUCAGGGGAAGGCUGACGGGCAGAAGAAACCGCCAAUCAGAACCAGGAGGCGGGACAAUAGGACCGAGGUGACCACGCCCCUCACCGGCAACGCGCAGAAGGCGAAGAAGGAGGAGGCGGGGCUUAGCGGAGGGGAGGAGGAGCCAGAGGAGGAGAGCCACACCCCUUUACCUCCUCCUAUGCAGAUCAUAAAGGAUCCCAACAACCCCAAGGCCCCGGACUCGGACCAGGGCUCCAACGAGUCGGACUCGGAGCAGAGGACCAAGGCGCUGAGGGGACGCAUGUUUGUGGUGAACGAGAUGGUCCAAUCAGAGAAGGACUACGUGAAGGACCUGGCGGUGAUCGUGGAGGGCUUCAUGUCCCGGCUGGAGGUCCGGGGGAUCCCAGAGGACCUGAGGGGGAAGGACACGAUGGUGUUCGGCAACAUCCAGCAGAUCUACGACUGGCACCGCGACUUCUUCCUGGUGGAGUUGGACCGCUGCGUUCAGAACCAUGACCUGCUGGCCGACCUCUUCAUCAGACAUGAGCGACGCCUCCACAUGUACGUGGUCUACUGCCAGAACAAGCCGAGGUCAGAGGUCAUCGUCAUCGAGUACGAGACCUUCUUUGAGGACAUCCAGAAUGAGAUCAGCUGCAGGAUGUCACUCAGUGAUUAUCUGAUCAAACCCAUCCAGAGAAUCACCAAAUACCAGCUGCUGCUGAAGGAUUUCCUGAAGUAUUCGUCCAAAGCCGGAAUGGACUGUGAGGAGAUGGAGAAAGCGGUGGAGCUGAUGUCGUUGGUGCCGAAGUGCUGCAACGACAUGAUGAACCUGGGCCGCCUGCAGGGAUACGAGGGCAAGCUGAGCUCCCAGGGGAAGCUGCUGCAGCAGGAGACGUUCUGCGUGUGGGAGCAGGACGGGGGGGUUCUGUCCCGCAGCAAGGAGUGCCGCGUCUUCCUCUUCGAGCAGCUCGUCAUCUUCAGCGAGCUGCAGCGCAAAGGCUCCCACAACCCGGGGUACCAGUUCAAGAACAGCAUCAAGGUGAGUUACCUGGCGAUGCAGGCCUGCCCGGACGGGGAGGACCCCUGUAAGUUCGUGCUGUGGUCCCGCGGCUCGGCGGAGCGCUUCACGCUGCAGGCGGCGGCCGCCAGCAUCAAGCAGACGUGGGCGGAGUCUAUCGGCACGCUGCUGGACGCGCAGAGCAGCUUCCUGUCAGCGCUCCAGUCCCCCAUCGAGUACCAGAGGAAAGAGGGCGGGAUGUCGGUGACCCGCCCUCUGUCGUCGGGGCGACCGCCGUCGGCCCCGCCCACGCCCAAUGGCCACGCCCUCCAGCCCGCCGACGGCGAGCAGGACGACCAGGUUCGGAUCCCCGUCCCCUUGUACCCCGUCAGACCUCCUGAGGUUCAGACCCUCUCUAACUGCCCCCCCCAGGAGCUGGUCCUGGUCCUGCAGGACUUCGCGGCGGUCCGGGAGGACGAGAUCUCCGUGUUCCGGGGCGAGAGGGUUCAGGUCCUGGCCUCCAACCAGCAGGGCCAGAGCCUCGUGUACCGGCCGGCCAACAGCGACUCGCCGGCCGCCGAGGGCUGGGUGGCCCGCAGCGCGCUGCACACACACUGA